GCUUCCCUGCUACACUAAAUACCUUGCACAGAUUGAAUUGAAUUAGUGCAUAUCAGGCAAGUCUAUCACUUCUCACCAUUCGGUCAUUCUUUUGAGGUCUCUGCACAGUCUUUCUUAAAUCUGCUUCACUUUUUAUCCAUUCGCCUUCUCCUGUCACCACCCACGUGUUAUGUUAGUUAACUGAGCUCCUUUGCAUGAUUUGAUUAGCCUUUGGAACCAUUUGUUUUAAUCUUCUGCAUAAGAUAAGCCUAGACUCAGUCUAGGACACAGAAACACCAAACUUGUCUUAAAAAUAAAAAUGGCUCUCCAAUUACCCAAAAUCUUUGUUAUGUUGAAAAAUGUUUUCGUCAUUUGGAUGGUGACGACGGCUAUGUUCAGUUGUUUUAGUGAGUCAAAAUGUGAAUUUGAGGCAAUCUUCAACUUUGGAGACUCAAACACAGACACUGGUGGGUUUUGGGCUGCAUUUCCUCGUCAGCGUCUUCCUUUUGGCAUGACCUACUUCAAGAGACCAGCUGGUCGUGCUUCAGAUGGGAGGAAUAUUGUCGAUUUCUUGGCUCAAGCCCUGGGAUUUCCAUACAUAGAUCCAUAUUUACAAUCAAUCGGAUCGGAUUUCAGACAUGGGGCCAAUUAUGCUACGGCAGCCUCAACUGUUCUUUUGCCCAAAACUUCCUUGUUUGUUAGUGGACUUAGCCCAUUUUCUCUGGCUAUCCAACUCAACCAAAUGAAGGAAUUCAAGACCAGAGUGGAAGAAUUUCACUCCUCUGGUAAAACAGGCUCAACAAAGCUGCCUUCACCGGACGUCUUUAGAAAAUCUAUAUACAGUUUCUUUAUCGGGCAAAAUGAUUUUACAUCCCAAUUAGCAGAUAUUGGUAUAAGUGGUGUGAAGAAGUUUCUUCCUGAUGUGAUUAAUACAAUUGCUUCGACAAUCAAGGAGAUAUAUGCAUUUGGUGGACGCACAUUUUUUGUAUUGAAUCUUGCACCAAUUGGCUGUUAUCCUGCAUUUUUGGUUGAGCUUCCACAUAACAGUACUGACAUCGACGUGUAUGGCUGCUUGCUUUCUUACAACAAGGCUGUGGGGGAUUAUAAUUCCAUGUUGAAGGAGACACUUGACCAAAUGAGAAAUGAUCUUCCAAAGGCUAACCUCAUUCAUGUUGAUCUCCAUUCCAUGUUGCUAGAUCUCUUUCGACACCCAACAGCUUAUGGACUUAAGUAUGGUCCCAAGGCUUGUUGUGGGCAUGGAGGGGGUGCCUAUAAUUUCGAUGCUGGUGUUUAUUGUGGAAAUAGCAAGGUGAUUAAUGGGAAAAAUGUAACAGCCACAGCCUGUAGUGACCCUUUUAAUUAUGUCAGCUGGGAUGGAAUACAUGCCACUGAAGCUGCAAACUUACUUAUGACUAAGGCCAUUCUCAAUGGCUCUUUCUUUGAUCCUCCUUUUCCCAUUAACAAGCUCUGUGAUCUACAUCCUAUACCUUAAUCUUUCCUCUUUUCAUUGAUAAUAAAAUAUCUACUGUCUACCUUGUUUAUUCUUUUUCAA